AUGACCUCUAAAACGAAUUCAGAGACAGAACUUGGGACAGAACCAGAGACAGAUCCAGAGACAGAUCCAGAGACAGAUCCAGAGACAGAUCCAGAGACAGAUCCAGAGACAGAUCCAGAGACAGAUCCAGAGACAAAACCAGAGACAAAACCAGAGACAGAACCAGAUUUCGCGACAUGCAACAAAAAUCCAGAUUAA